AUGCAUGCUACAAACUGGUUCGACGAUUGGAACCCAGAAGCUCUUUAUAGAGACGAUGUCACUGGCUGCGAUGACUGUUCCGAAACUUCGCCAAUUCCAAAGUCUGGUAUUAUAUGUGGACCGAUAUUAAGACUCAUCAACAUGGAUUUUAAGGAAAAAACCUACGAGGGGUCUAUUAUGGUGGUAGUUAGAGGCGAGGAAAACUUUCCGAAAAUUACCUAUCAGCUAGGGCCCUCUUUGCCCUCUGAGGAUGAAGACAUCGAAGUUAACGAGGCAUUCUUCGAAGGUAAACUUUUUCAUAAGGACAUUUUAAAAGAUGAUAAUAUAUGGUUUUACAGGUAUGAGAUUAAGUUGCCCAUGUCCAACUAUGAGCAGAUGGUAAAAUAUGCUGUUGACGGUACUAUGGAACCACAUUAUAGGUUCUUCGUUCCCUCUUUCACUCAAAAUUCGAACGUUAUCUCCUAUUCAUGCAACGGAUUUUCACUGAGCGUAGAUACAUCGAAAUUCAAAGGUUCUCUAUGGUAUGAUGUCCUUAAAAAGCAUCGAUACGUUCAUUAUCAUGCCAUUCUCGGCGGCGGAGAUCAAAUUUACUCCGAUAAUAUUAAACUGCAUGCGCCAAAUCUUAAAGCUUGGCUGGAGACAAAGGACCCAAUUAAGAAGUAUAAUACUCAGACCACUGAAGAAACAAAAGAGCAGAUUAGGCAGUUUUAUUUAGAACACUAUUUAAACUGGUACGGUUACGGUCACUGGUAUGGUUCUACCCCAAAAUCCAAGACCACCCAAAAAUGCUUUGUCAAGUCACUAGCUUGUAUUCCUGCCAUUAAUGUCUGGGAUGACCACGAUAUUAUUGAUGGCUAUGGAUCGUACAACGAUUCCUUCAUGAAGACUGAAAAUUUCCUCACAGUGGGAAGAAUGGCUUACCGAUACUAUAUGCUUUUCCAGCAGCAUGUCAGUGCUUCUAAACAAGAUGGCGAUGAGUAUGCUUAUCUCAAGAGCAAACAAUGGAUUCUAGGUAAUGAAAAAGGGAGUUCUUAUAUCGGUGAAAGGUCUCACUCAAUAUUCUCUUGGUUGGGUCCGAAAAUGGCCAUGUUAGGGUUGGACUGUAGAACUGAGAGGAAAUUACACGAGAUUUUCUCAGAAAGAAGUUAUUCCUUAAUUUGGGAACGUGUCGAAAGGGAAAUAAAAAAUUUAAAAGGUGGCCACUUAUUGCUGAUGCUCGGUAUCCCGAUUGCAUAUCCAAGGUUAGUAUGGUUAGAAUGGCUUUUUACCUCAAAACUACUGGCUCCAAUUAAAUAUUUAUCUAAAAAAGGGAUAUUUGCUAGUGGCUUCGUUAACGAAUUUAAUGGAGAUGUAGAACUGUUGGAUGAUUUAAAUGAUCAUUGGUGCGCGAGACAUCAUAAAAAAGAAAGAAACUACUUGAUAAUGAAAUUGCAAGACAUAGGUGCUAAAUAUGGCGUCAGAAUAACCAUAUUAUCAGGCGAUGUACAUUUGGCAUCUGUUGGGAGAUUUAGGGCAAAAAUUCAUAGACACCAUCUCAUCAUGUCUGAGGAGAAGGAAAAGGAAAACACCAGAAUUAUUGAAGAACCAACGAAAGACGUAAGGCUGAUUUUUAAUAUCAUUGCUAGCGCCAUAGUAAAUACCCCACCGCCAGAUGCAAUGGCCACGCUAUUGCAAAAAAGAUGUCGCUUGCAUCAUUUCGAUUUGGAAACGGAUGAAGAUGCCGUACCAAUUUUUGCCAAGGAAGUGGAUGGAGUACAUAAACGUAAAGAAUCAUGUUUCAUGAACAAGAGAAACUGGUCAGAUAUUAUACCUAUAGAAAACCUGUUGAAUAAUCCCCAAUUGAGUAAAGAAUUAGGCGUAAAGGUUGGUGAUAUAGUCAUUCCUGGUAUCAUCACAGAACAGCAAAAGCUACAGAAAUUGGAAAACGAUGACCAAAUUAACUCUUAUCCAGUAACUUCUGGUGGCUUGUUUACCACCAUUCAUGUUGAAAGAGAUGCAAAUCAAACAAACUCACAAACUGUGAGCUACUGUUUACCCAUUCCAGAGUUAACAGUUACCUGCGAACGGUUGUCUCACAAGGGUAUCAAACAUCUGAAUAUCACAUAG